AUGAGCGAUGGCAGCCCCGAGCCUCCAUCCUCUGACCUGGAAAGCGUGGAAAGGACACCGCGAGACAUCCAGCUGCAGGGGCCUCCCACUGCAGAGGACCUGGCCCCAAAAGGGCCACCGGCGCCUAUGCCAGUGCAUCACGAUGUUGUUGGGCACUCUCUGCCUUCUGCAGCGGCCAGUGAUCCGGCCCGAGAUUCGGCAAGUGACCCAGGCGGGGCUGGCGAACCAAUGCCAAAGCCAGCCUCUUCUCGACGACGUCCUCGCGAACCCUCCUCGUCAAGCUCCGAUGAUGCCACCAGUGAACAUGAUGCCGAAGGGGCCAGCGAUUCUGGAGACUGUGGAGAAAGAGAAAGUGAGAAUGAGACAGGGCAUUGGUCAGACACGUCCCUGGUGCUGGAAGGAUCGGACCUUGCAGAUGCAUGCGAGACCUUUAUUACAUUAUUCAGACGACAGCUUGCAGAGUUGCAGCCAGAGCUUUCUAGUAGAUCUGCAGGCGCGCGCAUUGGUGCACUACGCCGAUGCCUGCAGCAACUGGACUGGCCGCGAGUUCAAGGAUUUGCAACCCAGCGCCUCGAGGGACGGUUUCUUUGGGAAUGGUUGCAGACAGAGUACAAACUCACGCACCGGUACCAUACCGGACGCUUCGACGACUCUGCCUGA